CCGGAAGUGACUCCCCGGAAGGAGCAUGUCUGCUUUCCUUGUCCUGCCUAACGCGGCGUGCUGAUCCUCCGGCACCAUGCAGUCGGAUGAUGUUAUCUGGAAUACACUAGGAAACAAACAAUUUUGUUCUUUCAAAAUAAGAACCAAGACUCAGGGCUUCUGCAGAAAUGAGUACAGUCUGACUGGGCUGUGCAAUCGGUCAUCUUGUCCUCUGGCAAACAGUCAGUAUGCGACCAUUAAAGAAGAGAAAGGACAGUGCUACCUGUAUAUGAAGGUCAUAGAACGAGCAGCUUUUCCCCGGCGGCUCUGGGAACGGGUCCGACUUAGUAAAAACUAUGAGAAAGCAUUGGAACAAAUAGAUGAAAAUUUAAUUUACUGGCCUCGCUUCAUUAGACACAAAUGUAAGCAGAGGUUUACCAAGAUUACCCAGUACCUGAUUCGAAUUAGAAAACUUACACUGAAGCGGCGGAAGAAACUUGUUCCCUUGAGCAAGAAGGUUGAGCGGAGGGAGAAGAGAAGAGAGGAAAAAGCAUUAAUAGCUGCCCAGCUGGACAACGCCAUUGAGAAGGAAUUACUGGAAAGACUCAAACAAGAAACGUAUGGCGACAUCUACAACUUCCCCAUCCAUGCCUUCGACAAGGCCCUUGAGAAACAGGAAGCAGAGAGUGACUCUGAAGAUGAAGAAGAUGAGGAGGAGGAAGAUGAAGAGGAUGUGGGUAAAAGAGAGUUUGUAGAAGACGGUGAUGUGGAUGAGAGUGACCUGAGUGAUUUUGAGGAUAUGGAUAAACUGGAUGCUGGCAGUGAUGAAGAACAGGAUGACGACUCCUCCAGUGAAGAAGAAGAGAAGGCCCUUAAAGCCAAACACAAAGGCAAAGCACCCUUGAAAGGACCUUUGCGGAAAAAACGGGCCUAUGUGGAGAUAGAGUAUGAGCAGGAGACAGAGCCCGCAGCCAAAGCCAAAACCACAUGAGUCUCCUUCAUGUUUUAUCCUGAAAAGUCAACACUUCCAACUGUGCUCCUUUGUGCUAUAUUUCAUACAGUAUUUAUAUUGUUAAUAUAUAUAUGUCACUCCAGGGAGUGAGUGGAGAAGAGAGAGCCUUACAGUGUAAAGAAUAUUUUUGUAACACAUGCUGUUUGUAACAGCCUGAGCCCAGGGAUCUGACAGAGGAGUCCCUGGAGCUGGACUGACACUGUGUGUAAAUGGUUCUAAAUUAUAAGUGCUAAAUUUUCCCUUCCCAGUUUUUACUUAGAAAUGCCAGUGUUUCUUUAUCCUUUUUAGUUUUUUGAGACAGGGUUUUUCUAUGUAGCCUGGGCUGUUCUGUAACUCUUUCUGUAGACCAAACUGGCCUCAAACUCAGAUCCACCUCUGCCUGCUGAAUGCUGGGAUUAAAGGCUUGUGCCACCACCACCCAGCUUCAAUUUUUUCCCCUUGUUCAGUUUCUCUUAUAAACUGAAGAAAACAAAAGUUCCAACUUACAAUGUUU